ACGGCACGGCGACGACGCACCAGACCACACACCGUCCCGUAAACAAAAAGACGAAAAAUAGCCUGCCCUUCCUUCCUCUCUUCUCCUCCUCCCCAAAAUUCCCCUCUCCUUCUCUCGCUCCCGUCGCGACGGCGACGACGACGACGAUAAGUUCGUUGCAGGUGAUGGUACUGAUGUUCAAUUGAUGAAUGAUGACUGUUCCGAUGGAUAGUACUGCUGUUCCGCCAUCGCGGGACCUCGUGCAGCGCCUCCUUAAGAAGAAUGCCGAACUCAAAAGUCAUCUUGAGAAGUCAGCACAGUCCAAAGUCCCAUCAGAUCCCAACAUAUGGCUUCAGAUGCGUGAGAAUUUUGAGAAAAUGAUUCUGGCAGAUCAUGACUUCUGUGAAAAGCAUGAGAUCGAGUAUAUUUUGUGGCAGUUGCACUACAAAAGAAUCGAGGAGUUCAGGCACCACAUUAGUUCUGCAGGUUCAGCUGCAUCUCAGAAUGGGAAGAACAAUGCCAACCCUGAUCGAAUUAAGAGAAUUAAGUCGGCCUUCAGGAGCUUCCUUUCAGAAGCAUCGGGCUUCUAUCAUGACUUGAUGUUCAAGAUCAAAUCCAACUACGACCUUCCUCUGGGUUACUUCUCGGAGUCUCCUGAGAAUGCAAGCAACCCUGGCAAAAAUGAUAAGAGAACAGCUGAUGCUAAGAAAGCCCUGAUAUCAUGCCACCGUUGUCUCAUAUAUCUUGGUGAUUUGGCCCGCUAUAAGGGUAUGUUUGGUGAUGCUGAUUCUGUAAGACGUGAAUAUAAUGCGGCUUCUAAUUACUACAAGGAGGCAGCUUCAAUCUGCCCUUCCAGCGGCAACGCACACCAUCAGCUUGCAAUAUUAGCUUCUUACUCUGGCAAUGAGGUGGUGGCUGUCUACAGAUACUUUCGAAGCUUAGCUGCAGACACUCCCUUCUCCACAGCACGGGACAACUUGAUUCUUGCUUUUGAGAAGAAUCGCCAGGGCUAUGCACAGCUGCCAAGCAACAACAAAGUUGCAAUUGCUAGGACAUUACCCCCACGGUCAGCUGGUAGGGGCAGAGGACGGGGCGAAAUAAGGUUUCAGCCCAAGGAUGUUAAUACUGAAGCAGCUUCAAAAGAGCGAGAGCAAAGUAUUCCUGAUACACUGAAGUCCUUCUUUGUACGGUUUGUUAGGCUCAAUGGAAUUCUUUUCACAAGGACUAGUUUGGAAACAUUUGAGGAACUGUUUGAUGUGGUCAUCAACGAUCUGAAAAUUCUCCUCUCUUCUGGUCCAAAUGAAGAGUUCCAUUUUGGUUCUGAUGCUGCAGAGAACGCAUUAGUUAUUGUUCGACUUGUUGCAAUCCUUAUAUUCACAGUGCACAACGUGAAAAAGGAACCAGAUAACCAGUCAUAUGCUGAAAUUGUCCAACGCAGGGUACUUCUUCAAAAUGCAUUUACAGCUGCUUUUGAGUUUGUUGGACAUAUUCUCAAAAGGUGCUCAGAACUUCGUGAUAUUGCAUCAAGUUUCUAUCUUCCAGCCAUUGUGGUCUACAUCGAAUGGCUGGCAUGCCAUCCGGAGUUAGCUGCUGAUUCGGAGAUGGACGAGAAGCAUGCGAAUGCUCGAUCUUUCUUCUGGAACCAGUGUGUCUUGCUUAUGAAUAAGCUCAUCCUUACAGACCUUGCGUCCAUUGAUGGUGAUGAUGAUGAGGCUUGCUUUUUUGAUAUGGGCGUGUAUGAAGAGGGUGAAACUGGCAAUCGACUUGCAUUGUGGGAAGAUUUUGAAUUAAGGGGAUUUUCCCCCUUGGUGCCUGCACAUAUUAUCUUGGAUUUCUCAAGCAAGCACACAUUUGGAAGUGAUGGUAGCACCAAGGAGAAGAAAGCACGGGCACAACGGAUACUUUCUGCAGGGAAGGCUCUACUCAAUUUUGUUCAGAUUGAUCAACUGAGAAUAUAUUUUGACCCAUCUUCAAGAAAGUUUGUUGUGGCCAAGGAGCCUCCUGUUUUUGAAGCUGCCACCUCUACUCAUAGAUCUCGCAAUGCACCUGAAACAAAUGCUGUUGAGCUGGAACAUGAAGUUGGUAACAAAUUUGAUGCAGUGGCAACUAAUCUUGGAGCAAUGCAGUCGGGAGCACAGUUGUGUUCCGAGGGAGAAGAUGAUGAAGAAAUUGUUUUCAAACCUACAGCGUCUGAGAAGCUCCCAAAAGUACUUACCGAACUACCCGUUAAUGGAUAUAUCCAGCCUCUACAAAUGUCUACUGCUGGGUGGCCAACAAUUGGCGGACCAGUUGCUAUUCAGAGUACUGCAUCUGCAUCAGGUCCUGGAAACUGUAAUGUUAACGAGUCACUUCCCAUGUCUUCUGGUGGUUGGGCUUUCAAUGGCAGGCGAGAGGCUAUUUCUAGCAAUGUUUCAAUGUCGACAACUUACGAAUUUGUGCAGCCUGUUGAGAUGGCUACUUCCAGCUGGGCAAGUAAUGGUGCACCACUUGUUGGCCCUCUGAACACAAUGCCUACUUUCUCAGCUGCCAUCUCUGACCCGCGUGUAUCUGCAGCAAUGGUUCCACAUUUUGGCAGCCCAGAUUAUUCAAAAUUGCUCCUUGAACAAGAAAAACUCUUAAUGAUGGGAUUAAAUAAUGUUCAUUUGGCUGGAAAUGGAUUUCCUGAGCAGAGGUUUCAGGGUGGGCCGAGUGGAUUACAGUCAAUGGUAUAUUCUCCACAUGUAUCUGUUGAAUCUGCGGGCAACAAUACAAGUUUGAUGCAUAAUCAGGUGAAAGCGACUGAAGAAACCAUCCCAUCCACUUCUGAUUCAAUUGUACCAUCAGUAGCAGCAUCUGGUGGGAUGACAAUCAAUCUCACUGACGCACCUGUAGCUGUAUCAAAGAAGAAUCCUGUGAGUCGUCCAUCAAGGCCCGUUGGUCCUCCUCCAGGAUUUAAUCACAUCACUCCAAAACGCCAUGAUGAUAUUAUGCCAUUUGAGAAGCUGCAGCACCAACAGAUCGAUGAUUACAGCUGGCUGGAUGGCUACCAGCCAUCACUGGAACGUGUUCAUAACUCAAAAGCUAUUUAUCCUGAUGUUGCCACUACCAGCAGUGCAUUCACCACUCCCUUCCCUUUCCCUGGGAAACAGCAGGUUUCUGGGGUGUACACCUUAGGGGCCAGUGAGAAAACAUGGCAAGAUUUCCACCUUUUUGACCCUGCAAAGCAGAAUAUGGUUCAAAACCACCAACAAAUUAAUCAGCAUAGUGGUCAAGUGGCUGAAAAGCAGCCGGCAAAACCUAUCGGAUCUGGCCGUUAUCUUGUGUGACGGAGUAGCUUGUACCUGGAUGGUUACUACUGGAGUCGCUGAGGAUCUGUUGGAGUAAGUGGCACAGCUUGAUAUACCUAUUCAAUUCGGACCCAUACCUGCAGCCCUUUCAUAGUGUUAAAUUUCUUUUGGAGAAUGGUGGUCUUGGAAGCAUAGCAAGUGCUGCUGUUAGGUUUGGGUGUGCCAGGUCUUCCGGGGCCAGUUGGAGGUUGGAGGGUGAUUUUGAUCUGGGGACUGUCUGAUGGAGAUGAAUUGUACGCAGAACGCUUGGAUGCUCAGGCAUGAGGGGUUUGAUCGAAGGAACUCGAAUCCAGUCACUGUAGGCGCGCUAUGUGCUUCAGCUCUCAUUGGAUAAACUGUCUACCUUACAGAGAAUGGCCAGUGUGUGGCUGCUGUGGUGGAGACUAAAUGCCGUUUAGUGUUGCUCGUGCUCAUCUAUGGCUACUAUGAAUUAAGUUCGAGGAACAGUUAGCUUGCUGGCAAGUUGGCCCUCGAAGUAUACUGCAUCUACUUAUGUUGCAUCGUUUGCGUUUGCUGUCGGCAACAGCACGUUAUAAUCAUCCUUCUGCGAGGAAGUUUUACUUCCAUAUAUCACUAUAUGAUUUGAACAAUUUGUUUUGGUCUUUGUUGUCCGGUACCGGUGAACUCAACUUUUUUUGUGCAAUAAGUUUCUUGUUACCUUGUCGUAUGCAAUGUCCGACUGAAUACCAAUAUGGUUUCCUAA